AUGGUGAGCCUCAACGUCCAUCACGUGAUCGGCCUUAGUAUACUAGAAGACGAUCAAUCACCUGGUCAUCAGACGCUGAGUCAUAUAACUGACAACUGGCGUCAGUCAACACUUGACUCCAACAUUCAGUCACCAGAUGUUAUGGCCAGUCCUUCACCUUGUGAUGUUUUUAAAGACAAGGACGAAUUGAUCGUUGACUGUCAAGGUAGUUUUUUAACGAAUGUUAGCAGCUCAUGGUUUCCAGAAAAUACAACGUCUAUUUUAUUAGACAACAACAUGUUGACCUCUGUUCCUGCAAACUUUAACCUUUUACACCGUCUAAGACGCCUUAGCUUAUCUCACAAUCAAAUCAAAGAACUUGAGGUAGACACGUUCCGUGGGCUAGAACAUUUGGAAUUCUUAAAUCUGGAAUUUAAUGGACUAGAGCUAACCUUCAUCCCCAACAAAACUUUCGCUGCUCUGAAAAACCUGACGGUGCUGUUCAUGCGACAAGAUGGAGUUUUCAGAGAUUGGAGAAAGGUCCGGUACGAUUUCCUUUCUGAGCUGGGGAAUUUAGAAUCUUUGACCAUAUCUUCUUAUGGUGAAACUGUUCACUUUGAUGUCACCUUCAGUAAACUGAAAAAGAUGAAGGAACUAGAAGUGACAGGGGAAGCAAUAAAAAUAACAAAUUCAAGUUUUGAAAAUUUGAGUCAGCUAAGAGUUCUUUCCCUGAUAGAUAUGAUAUUUCUUCUUUAUUUGAAUUCUUCAGCUUUUCGGCCAUUGGUCAACAUUCAAAACCUGUCUCUAACCAACGUCCAGUCUCACCUUCACCGCGUGUUUGAUUCGUUUCAAUGUUUCAUCAGCCGCAAGAUGGCGUCCAUACAACUGGUCAAUGUCAGGUUGACCCACGGUGAGCAGUACUCAAGUCUGCUCAGCGGGAACGGCAUCCUGACGCCCAACUCCACCAGAUACCUCAGGCAGAUCUGUGUCUCCCAGCUGGUGUUAAAAAACUGCGCUAUAUUUAUUAUUGAGUCAAACGCUCUGGCAAGCCAGGUGUGGAGUCGGUGUCUGAAGAGCAUUGACUUAACCGACAACCCAAUCCUCGGCACCAAGAUGGUCCUGUUUCAGGUGCUGGGUAUGAAGAGUCUGGAGACGAUUUUAUUUCGUAACGCUUUACCACCAAACUCUAAACCAGGUACUUUUGUAACUGAACAAAACAAAACAUCGGAUAACUGGAGCAAACACCGUGGAUCUAACCAAACACACACUGAUGAAGCUGAACGAAACACCGUUGCCCAUGAAGCAAGCAGUUACACUUCAGACUUUCGCGUAGCAAAUCAAGAUCAUGAGAUUACAAUCGUCAGCAGAAAAGAAAUAGGAACUGCAAGUACAAACAGAAAUGCUCAACUUAAAGAAUCGACACGAAAUAAUUCAUCGAAUAAACAGUCCGUUCCCCAUAAGUCAGAACGAUUACUUCAAGAAAAUGGAGAGGCAAUUUUAUACGUUUCAAAAUCAAUCAAACACUUCGUAAUUUCAAGAGUGUUUUCGUAUUUCACCAUUGAAUUGAACUUUAGAGUUAUAGGCGCUGAACAUGUUUUGUAUCUAGACUUAUCUGAUGGAGGAGGCUCCAGGUUUAACGCGCUAGUCAAAGGUUUGACGGGACUCAGGACAUUCCUACUUUCUGGCAACGAUCUAUUUGAACUGAACGCACAAUUUUUUGACACGAUGCCCAGCUUGCAGGCUCUCGACUUAUCGGGGUGUAAUUUAAACAGAGAGCAAAUGUCAUCUUCCAGCGAGCGUCUGUUCCUCAACUUACAAAAUUUGCAGCAGUUAGAUCUAUCGUUUAAUUCGUUAACCUCGUUAAGUUCUCGUACCUUCAGCUCUAAUCCAAAUCUCUUUGAGAUUCGCCUGUCUGGGAACAGGUUUAGAGCGAUUCCAUUUGACUUGACAAUCACGCCAUUUUUAAAAUUGCUAGACUUAAGCUCCAAUGCAUUGAUAUCGAUUUCAGCCAUAGAUAGAAGGGAGUUGGACACGUUAGCUGCUGGGAAUGGAGGGUUGAGGCUGUUUCUGGAUGGAAAUGUCUUGUCGUGUGGAUGCAUGGACAUACAGUUUCUACACUGGCUUCAGAUGACCACGGUGGAACUAGACAUGGCCAGAAACUACUCCUGUAUUGACAACGACGGAGUUUUAACAAACACGGCAGUUUUAUCAGACCUAGAGGCUUACUGGCGUCAAUGCUGGGGGAAAAUGUUCCUCUCUUAUUCUCUGACUUUAUUUUGUUUACUUAUCAUUGGAUUUGUGUUGUGUUUUUUUGUUACCAAGUACAAAACGUACAUCAUUUCUGGGCUGCUGAAUUUGUUUAGUGAAACAUUUCUAAAGAAACCUUCCAACUACGAGAUUGGUGUCUUCAUUGGUUAUGCUGAUAGAGAUUACCAGUUCGCUUGUCAUGACCUGAGACAGUUUAUCGAGGACACUUUGGGGUUAAGGACGUUUAUUCGUGACCGUGACCUCUUACCUUCAACCGACCUCGCGUCUGGAAUUAUCGAUGCUAUAAAUAGAAGUUGGCGCGUGCUUCUGGUCGUGACCGAAACUUUUCACUGGCAAGACGAUUGGUUCCUCUACACAUGCAGGUCAGCCAUAUCCAACCUGACGCCCGCUAAUCCUAAUCUCAUUGUGAUUAUGGUUGACAGCCAGUUACGUCAUCGUUUACCACGUGACAUCCUGGGGGCGGUGUCUGAGGAAAACAUCAUCGUCAUGAACGAGGGGAGGAGACUCAAGUAUGACGUCACGGAGAAGCUGAGAACUCGAUUACUAGCCUAACCCUUUUAAAGACUAGUUCACUCAAUACAUAAAGGCUAGUUGAUACAACACACAAAGUUUAGUUCAUACAAGGUAAGACACGAAGGCUAAUUCACAACAGACAAAGGCUUGUCUUGCAAAAAUAGACUAAAAGUAACUGCAAAA